CGCAGUUCAGUGCUCGGGCAAAUAGUUUGGGAGCUCUACUGAUAGAGGGGUAGGGAACUUUCUGAUAACUUGCUUACACCUUGGCCAUAGGUUGGGAGGAGCGUAAAAACAGACAGGGAAACGUCUAGGAACAGCACUAGAGAUGAGAAUCCUUGCGAUCACUCUCAUCCUUGUGGCUGCUUUGGCUAACGCAAAAAAUUUGAAGAAGAGGUCUGACGACUUUUUUGAUAUAGAUAAUAUAAAAGAUACAAACAAAUUGGAUCAAACUGAUUCCGAAAGCUAUGACAACACAAUACCAGACUUUCACAUUCCACCAAAGCACAAGUCCGAGUCGAAUGAUGACUUUUCAAAUGAAGGAGAUUUAUUAGAGGAGACAACUAAUGAAGAUUACUCUAAACCCAUUAGACUUAAUGCUUCGCCCGUACGUAAGGCAAAGCAGCCUCUUCAAGUUGCUACCUUGUUAACGCAGAUAUGUGAGUAUAUUAACGCCAUUCGUCUGCUACACGGUGCAAGUCCAUUAUUGACGGACAAGGGUUUACAAUUUGCCGCUCAAAAAUUGACCAACAAGGUAGUCAAGGCUAACAAGGUUCUUUACGAUAACACUACUACACAYAAUCACACGGUUGGUUAUGCGAAAGCACAGCAGAACGACGCUAUUAGAGAUAUUGUUGCAAAAAUGGCAGCCAGAGAAAUGAAUCUAAACUGGGCAGACAAGAAAGUAAACAAGGAUAAUCAGGACUUUGUUAUCAUGAUUCACCGUAAAACAACACACGUGGGCUGUGGUGUUGGCAGAGGUGCUGAUGGAACUGUUUGGGCUGCUUGCAUGUUUUCUCCACAUAUUACAGGAAAAGACCUGGUUGAAAAUGUUCUACCAUAUACUGAUCCUUUCGCUGCUAUGCCAGGAGCUGAAUGUCCUAAGGGUUAUAAGAAACAUCAAGGAGAUUGCUAUAAACUACAUACCGCCAAGAAAAAUUGGAUGGGUGCCGUAGUCGAGUGCUUUAAAGAAUCAGCCAUUGUCGCUGAUGUCCCUACUGCUGCUGCAGAGGCUGACCUAAAGGCACUGGCUGCCAACAAGGUUACUUGGAUAGGCCUCAACGAUCGUCUGAGAGAAGGCAUGUACAGUUAUGUGGAUGGUAACCCCGUGAGCCACUUGAAUUGGAAAUCUGGAGAGCCACAAGGAAAGAAUCAGAAUUGUGUCGCUUGUGAUUUCACUUCAAAGUUUGGAACGUAUGCUGACAAAAAAUGUACUGAAACACACCAGUUCUUUUGCAAGAAACCUUUAGUCGGUUACAGCAGCAGCUAAAGCUAAACCAGUAAAUGUUGUACUGGUAGUGAAAACGAAACCUGCCGAUGGAAAGAUUGUGCCAGGGGAUCCAACUAAGCCUUUCCAAGAUUACCUGAGCAAAAACAAGGGAAAAACUGCUGCACCUCUAGGGCAGGUAGCCAAAAUAAUGUCAAUCAAACUUCUUCCGCCAGGAAGCGAACCAAUAAAACAGACUAUCUGCGCCCCUAGCUGCGCAACCASUUGCGCCUCAAGUUGCAACCCAAGCUGUUGCUUCCAGCAGCCGCAAUACACKCCUUACGUUGCACCUUGCGGUACAACCGCGUACAACCCAUGCGCACCUCCAGCUCAGCCACCAAAACCAAAGAAACCAAAGGUCAUCUACUCUAUGCCAAAUCCACCACCUAAAUUCCAUGUACCAAACCACCAAUGAGGCCACCUAUGGGUGCCCCAUGUGGAACUCCUCCAUGUGCCCCACCUAUGGCUCCACCUAUGGCUCCACCUAUGAUGCCUCCACCAAUGAGGCCACCUAUGGGUGCCCCAUGUGGAACUCCUCCAUGUGCCCCACCUAUGGCGCCACCUAUGGCUCCACCUAUGAUGCCCCCAAUGCAGCCACCUAUGGGUGCACCAUGUGGAGCUCCUCCAUGUGCUCCACCUAUGGCCCCACCUAUGCAACCUAUGAUGCCACAAAUGCCGUAUGGAUAUGGAGCAGCACCAUGCGCUSCACCAUGCAAAAAGAAAUCAGAUAAGAAGGCCAAGAAAUCAGAUAAGAAGAAGAAGGCCAAAAAAGGAGGAAAGAAACCAUUCAGGCGAUGCGGAAUGCCUGGCUUUCCUGCAUGUGGAGGAUUUGGAUAUGGUGCCCCUAUGUCCAUGCCAAUGCAAAUGCCAUUUGCUCCCCCAAUGCCACCUCCAAUGGCUCCAUGCGGUGCACCGCCAAUGAACCCAUGUGCACCUAUGGUACCUCCACCUCCCCCUCCACCACCACCACCACCACCACGAAAGGCUCCUUGUGGUCCUCCACCUAUGAACCCAUGUGCACCACCUAUGAUGCCUAUGAUGCCACCAGUUGCAAUGCCAAUGCCAGCCCCUAUGCCAAUGCAAAUGCCAUUCGGUGCUCCCUGUAUGCCACCAUUUAGCCCAUGCCCACCAAAGAAACCUGCAGCAAAGAAACCAGCUGCCAAGAAACCCGCAGCUAAAGCAGCAAAGCCACUUGUAAUACAAGGCUGUUGUAGUCCUCCUUCUACAGCAUUUAUGUUGCCAGCUCCACCCCCACCGUACAUUGCACCACCCCCAAUUGUUCAAUUUACUGGAGGAAACCCUUGCUACCCAGGAAUCCCAGGGCCAUGUUCCAAGCGUGCUCCAAUAAGGCGUCCAGCUAAAGCUAAAAGCAAAAAGCCAGUUGCCAAGAAUGUAACGCCUGUUCAAGCUCACCAGCAGGGCACUUAUGGAGCAUGGACAUGGUAAAAGCAAAAUCAGGGAACAUUAAAUUCCGUCAACGAAAGACUGACAAGAUGAAUUAAACUUAUCUGAUAACCGAUAAAAAUUAAGUUAAAAAACGAUAAGUUAAAAAUCUUUAAAAAUUUAAAUGAUGAAAUCUGUAGAAUUUGUACCAGAUUGCUUAUCAUGUCAGUGCUAAAUAUGGUGAUCAACGGGAUCACGAUACUUAAACAUAUGUAAAUUUAUGCUUUGGGUUAAUUGCAACUUUACCAUUCACUGUUGAAGAAGAAAAGGCAAUGCAUUUUAAGUAGUAUUUAAUCUAUCUUUGUGAAAAUACUACAAAAUCAUUGAUCUAAUGUGUAUAUAUCAGGAAAACAAGUCCAAAUGUACAGAAUCCUCUUUAACUUCUUAUUCAACAGCGUAAUGUUGAUUUGAAAUAAUUAUUUUUUCGUCGAAAAUAAUAUCAUACUCAAAAGUAUUAAGGAAAUAAACAGUGGUAGGAUUGAGUGAAAUCAUUUUUCUUGAUUUCCAAUGAAGGUAGAUACAUGUGUAUUAGAAACGGCUUUAAUAAAUGAGAAUUGUUGUACUUAAUAUCGUAAUAAAGGCCGUACAAUUAACAAACUA